CAGAAUUCCCGUCUGUAUAGGUAGGGUUUGCAGGGGCUUGAGGGUGACAUCAUUCUUUAGCCGGUAUCCACUUUCAAUUUGCAUCCAGGGUUUGCUUUCAAAAUAGGCUUCUGCUAGGCAAGUUCAAUACACGAGGCAACCUUGAACGCACCGGACACCAGCCGUCCUAGCCAAAAAAACCAAGUCUUCCAAAGGCGAGGCAUCAGAAUGCUUCCAUUAACUGGAUACAGCGAGACGAAUCUCAACAUUGCAGGAAAUAGAAAGCUCUGGCUGUGGAAAGAGAUGCCUUUUGGGGAUUACAUUUGCCAUACUUUUCAGGGAGAUUGCUGGGCAGACCGAUCCCCUCUUCAUGAAGCUGCUGCCCAGGGUCGUUUACUGGCCCUCAAAACUCUAAUUGCACAAGGUGUCAAUGUGAACCUUGUGACAAUUAACCGGGUCUCUUCGCUCCAUGAGGCGUGUCUUGGAGGUCACGUGGCCUGUGCGAAAGCCCUGUUGGAAAAUGGCGCACAUGUCAAUGGUGUGACGGUGCACGGAGCCACGCCGCUCUUCAAUGCGUGCUGCAGCGGCAGCGCCGCCUGUGUCAACGUGCUGCUGGAGUUUGGCGCCAAGGCCCAGCUGGAGGCGCACCUGUCAUCCCCCAUCCACGAGGCCGUGAAGAGAGGUCACAGAGGGUGCAUGGAGAUUCUAUUGGCAAAUAAUGUUAACAUUGACCAAGAAGUGCCUCAACUUGGAACUCCUCUGUACGUGGCCUGCACCUAUCAGAGGGUAAACUGUGUGAAGAAACUUCUAGAAUUAGGAGCCAACGUCAACCAUGGCCAGUGGUUGGACACUCCUUUGCAUGCGGCCGCACGGCAGUACAGCGCCGAGGUCAUCCACCUGCUGACAGACUACGGUGCCAACCUGAAGAGCAGGAACGCCCAGGGAAGCAGCGCGCUGGACCUGGCAGUACCCAGCAGCAGCGUGGAGCAGGCGCUCCUGCUCCGGGAAGGUCCACCUUCUCUUUCCCAGCUCUGCCGCCUCUGUGUCCGGAAGUGCUUGGGUCGAGCCUGCCACCAACUCGUCCACCAGCUACGCCUGCCAGAGCCACUGGAAAGGUUCCUGCUCUACCAGUAGUCCCCACUGUCCACAAGAAGAUGCUCAGAAAUAAGCACAUUGUCACUUGCUGCCCUCUGAUCCCCUAGUGUAGCUGUCCUACAGCUAGACUGGCAGUAUCCUCAGAUGAACUCGGCCAGUUAGGGUGAAGUCAUCAGGAACACAAAAGGAAGUGGAAACUUCUGAUUAAUGUAGUGUCCUCCCUCUCCAACCCGCCAACCAAGGGGCAAACAGAAGCCUGCUCCUAUUGGAGCUCUUUGUGUUAAGAAAGUUUAACAAAAGACUGUGGAGUAGAGUGAAGAAAAUCGGGUGGUAUUUUGUGAUGACCCAUAAUCUUCAAGUACUCAAGGAUCGACAUCUUGAAUACCAUGUGGACUCAUCUAAACCUGCCAGGAGAAGAUGACGAUGGAAUGUCAAUAUUCCAAGUUGCGCUCUGGACUUGGUUCAUGUCUCCAUCGCCUUUCUUCUUACUUUCCUUCCUUCCAUAAAUAAAUCCUUGAAUAAAUCCCUCUGCUACAA